ACAGGCAGGGAGACGGUGGGGUGGAGUACAGGAAGCUGCUGUCCCCGAAUAUCUGAACAUGGGCAAAAUCUAAUAACGCCAUAAAUCAAAGCUUCUUUUUUCUUCAUUUACGGGCGAGAGGCUGCGGAGAUUUGUUAUAUUUUUCUGGAUUGAAUUUGGAAAUUUAACCGAACGGCGAGAAGAUGUCUCGGGGAGUGAUCCAGCCCAGCCAGCAGAAACUGGCAGAAAAGCUCACCAUCCUCAACGACAGAGGCAUCGGGAUGUUGACCCGUGUUUACAAUAUCAAAAAGGCAUGUGGUGACCCCAAGGCUAAGCCCUCCUAUCUUGUUGAUAAGAACUUGGAGUCUGCAGUUAAAUUUAUUGUCAGGAAGUUCCCUGCUGUGGAGACACGGAAUAAUAACCUGGCUCAGCUGCAGAAGGAAAAGUCAGAGAUUCUGAAGAACCUGGCUCUCUACUAUUUUACCUUCGUAGAUGUCAUGGAAUUCAAGGACCAUGUGUGUGAGCUGCUGAACACCAUCGACGCCUGCCAGGUCUUCUUUGAUAUUACGGUGAACUUUGACCUGACUAAGAACUACCUGGACCUGGUGGUGACAUACACUACUCUGAUGACAAUACUGUCCCGUAUAGAGGAGAGGAAAGCCAUCAUAGGACUGUACAACUACGCCCACGAGAUGACGCAUGGAGCCAGUGACCGGGAGUACCCCAGGUUGGGCCAGAUGAUCGUGGAUUACGAGAACCCUUUGAAGAAGAUGAUGGAGGAGUUUGUUCCACAUGGAAAGUCGCUGUCAGAUGCUUUGAUCAGUCUUCAGAUGGUCUAUCCCAGGAGGAAUCUGUCCGCUGACCAGUGGAGGAACGCCCAGCUGCUCUCUCUCAUCUCUGCUCCCUCCACCAUGCUGAAUCCUGCACAGUCAGACACUAUGCCAUGUGAAUACCUGUCACUGGACACAAUGGAGAAGUGGAUUGUUUUUGGUUUCAUCCUGUGUCAUGCCGUGCUGAACAGCGACGCAGCGGCGUUGUCUUUGUGGAAGCUGGCUCUGCAGAGCUCCACCUGCCUCUGUCUGUUCAGGGACGAAGUCUUCCACAUCCACAAGGCUGCCGAGGAUCUGUUUGUGAACAUCAGAGGGUACAACAAACGCAUCAAUGACAUCAGGGAGUGCAAGGAACAGGCCCUGUCUCAUGCAGGCUCGAUGCACAGAGAGAGACGCAAGUUUCUCCGAUCAGCUCUGAAGGAGUUGGCUACUGUUUUAGCCGAUCAGCCUGGACUGCUGGGCCCUAAGGCGUUAUUCGUGUUCAUGGCGUUGUCAUUUGCCCGUGACGAGAUCAUCUGGCUGCUUCGACACGCCGACAACAUCCAGAAGAAAAGCACAGAUGACUUCAUAGACAAACACAUAGCAGAGUUGAUCUUCUACAUGGAGGAGCUCAGAGCUCACGUCAGGAAGUACGGCCCUGUGAUGCAGCGAUAUUAUGUCCAGUACCUGUCCGGUUUUGAUGCUGUGGUGCUGAAUGAGCUGGUGCAGAACCUGUCUGUGUGUCCAGAGGACGAGUCUAUAAUCAUGUCUUCAUUUGUCAACACUAUGACCUCUCUCAGUGUCAAACAAGUGGAGGAUGGGGAGGUGUUUGACUUCAGAGGCAUGAGACUGGACUGGUUCAGGCUGCAGGCCUACACUAGCGUCUCUAAAGCCAGUCUGGGUAUAGCCGACCACAAGGAGCUCGGUAAAAUGAUGAACACCAUCAUCUUCCACACGAAGAUGGUGGACUCCCUGGUGGAGAUGCUGGUGGAGACGUCAGACCUGUCUAUUUUCUGCUUCUACAGCCGUGCGUUUGAAAAGAUGUUCCAGCAGUGUUUGGAGCUUCCCUCCCAGAGCCGACACUCCAUCUGCUUCCCGCUGCUCUGCACACACUUCAUGUCCUGUACACAUGAGCUCUGUCCCGAGGAGCGUCACCACAUAGGAGACCGAAGCCUCUCAUUGUGUAACAUGUUCCUGGAUGAGAUGGCCAAGCAGGCCAGAAACCUGAUCACUGACAUUUGUACUGAACAGUGUACACUCAGCGAUCAGCUGCUUCCUAAGCACUGUGCAAAAACCAUUAGCCAGGCCGUGAACAAGAAGAGCAAGAAGGCGACGGGGAAGAAGGGAGAGCCCGAGAGAGAGAAACCAGGAGUGGAGAGCAUGAGGAAGAACAGGCUACUGGUCACCAAUCUGGAUAAACUCCACACAGCAUUAUCUGAACUCUGCUUCUCCAUCAACUACGUUCCCAACCUGGCGGUCUGGGAGCACACAUUCACACCGAGAGAGUACCUCACCUCGCACCUGGAGAUCCGAUUCACCAAGUCCAUAGUGGGCAUGACCAUGUAUAACCAGGCUACUCAGGAGAUAGCCAAGCCCAGUGAGCUGCUGACCAGCGUCCGGGCCUACAUGACGGUGCUUCAGUCCAUAGAGAACUACGUCACCAUCGACAUCACCCGGGUCUUCAACAACGUCCUCCUGCAGCAGACGCAGCACCUGGACAGCCACGGGGAACCCACCAUCACCAGUCUCUACACAAACUGGUACCUGGAGACGUUGCUCCGUCAGGUCAGCAACGGACACAUCGCCUACUUCCCUGCCAUGAAGGCUUUCGUCAACCUGCCCACAGAGAACGAACUGACUUUCAACGCAGAGGAAUACUCCGACAUCUCCGAGAUGCGUUCUCUGUCUGAGCUGUUGGGUCCUUACGGGAUGAAGUUCCUCAGUGAGAGUCUGAUGUGGCACAUCUCCUCACAGGUCGCUGAGCUGAAGAAACUGGUGGUAGAAAACAUGGAGGUAUUGACCCAGAUGAGGACGAGCUUUGACAAACCAGACCACAUGGCCGCCCUCUUCAAGAAGCUCACCUCUGUGGACAGUGUGUUGAAGAGAAUGACCAUCAUUGGAGUCAUCUUGUCCUUCCGCUCCCUGGCUCAGGAGGCUCUGAGAGAUGUUUUAUCCUGUCACAUUCCCUUCCUGGUCAGUUCAGUGGAGGACUUCAAGGACCACAUUCCCAGAGAGACAGACAUGAAGGUGGCCAUGAAUGUCUACGAGCUGUCGUCAGCAGCGGGUUUACCCUGUGAGAUCGACCCGGCGCUGGUCGUGGCUCUGUCCUCGCAAAAAAGUGAGAACAUCAGUCCAGAGGAGGAGUACAAGAUCGCCUGUCUGCUGAUGGUGUUUGUGGCCGUUUCCUUGCCAACGCUGGCCAGCAACGUGAUGUCACAGUAUAGCCCCGCCAUAGAAGGUCACUGCAACAACAUCCACUGCCUGGCCAAAGCCAUCAACCAGAUCGCUGCUGCUCUCUUCACCAUCCACAAGGGGAGCAUAGAGGACCGUCUGAAGGAGUUCCUGGCUCUGGCCUCGUCCAGCCUGUUGAAGAUCGGCCAGGAGACGGACAAGAUGACAACGCGUAACAGAGAAUCUGUCUACCUGCUGCUGGACAUGAUUGUGCAGGAGUCCCCCUUCCUGACCAUGGACCUGCUGGAGUCCUGUUUCCCCUACGUCCUGCUGCGAAACGCCUACCACGCCGUCUAUAAACAGAGCAUCAGCGCUAACGCAUAGACACACACGGCCAUGCUGGCCGCCGUCAGCGCUCGCUUAGACGCACACACAUAAUCAAAUACACACUAACAGCAAACACUAAAUACAAACUAAACACUCUAAACUAUGCCUACAAUGCCUCGACAUACUGUUCAGACAACAAAAAGCAUCACGCGUUUCAGUACACUAAAUACAUAUUUAAACAAUUAAAACACUAAAGAAGAAGAAGAAAUACACAAACGGCAAAAGAUUCUACAGAACACCCACAAUUCAGUGCAGCGAGACGACAAACAAACACUGACAUCAGACAAAUAUGAAACGUAGACGCAAACACACGAGCUGGAUGAAGUUGGGGGAUCAGUGUCUUUAUUUUAAUCAUUGUACUUUUUCAUGAUGUUGCCAGGGACCAUAACCAUAGCAACACAUAAUAUGCCCGAUGUUUGGUUGGUAUAAAAGAACAAAAAUAUAAAUAUAUAGUAUAUAUAUAGUUGACACUAAAAUAUUAUUUUCUUUUGUUCUUUUUGUUUUUUUGUUUUUCGAUGAAAGAUUUGAGGUUUUUAGUGGCCAGCUGAUAACUUGUAUGUGGUGAUGGAUUUGGAUGCUUACUUUGGGAAUGCAGAUGAUUCUGAUGUGAUGUGGGUUUGUUUUUGUUUUUUUUGCUUUUAUGGAGGAGGCGGGUGAUGAUUCCUGUGUCGAUAAUGAAAGACAUGUUGCUUGUUAAUGUAAGUUUACACUUCUCAACACACACUGACCCUGAGCAGAUAUAAAACGACAUACACACUAAUCUCUCAGCAUUUCAUAGUGAACACACACACAUUUGUAUAACAUGGUGAUGUUUUCUUUCUUUUCCAAGCUAGUCGUAACAAGAACUUUUUGUGGGUAAAGAUAUAAUAUCUGUAUUCUACUUUGAUGUGAACUGAACUCGUCUGUUUUUAAUGUUUAUGUUUUGUUAUUUUUAUGAUGACGACAAUGACGAUUUGCCAAAUGUGUUGACACUAAAAAUUGUGUAUCAGGGGUUGGAAGUGGUGGAGUGUUUGGGUAUUAAUGGGUGAAAUGCCAUUUUAAGUGUUUGGACGGUUUGGACGAUAGACGUUCUGGAAUUAAUCCGCCUGACUCUGGGGCAGCUCAGUUAGCAGAAGGGGUUACGCAGGAACUUAAACCGUGGGAACAAACUUUAAAAUACUACAUAAUACUACAGUAUAGGCACGGAGCAGCCAGGAACCCUCAGUACACCGGCAAGCAUUCCUCACAGCUGUUGUUAGUCAACUCUCCUGAUGAAGUAAAGGUCCAGUAGGUGCUACUUUUAUUCUCUGUAAAGUAGAAACGAACAAGCCAGAGCAAAAUCUUAAUUUAUGUGAUCUCUGCAACAUCAUUUCUUGCAACGUCUGGCUUCUGAAAAGAAGAUGAAAUCUUCAUCUUCAUUGAGGGAAAUCUAGCUUUUCUGUGUCUAAUUUUUAUAGUCGCAGCCUUGUAGUGCUGGCCACCAGCAGGCCCUACUGAAGCAGCUGGGGAAACAGUGCCUUGCUCAAAGGCACCUUAACAGCAGCUGUUGAGGGUCCACCAUCUACAGGCCGUGGUUAAAGAAAUGUGUUAGGACUUAACUUCAUCAGGUGCAAUUAAAGUCAGUUUAACCAAUUCCUCCACAGAGAAACAGUUGAUCUCAGACCUGUGAAAAGUCAAAAACCUGGAGCUGCAAUAAGACAACAAAUAAAUGUAUAUAUCUACACUCUUGGUGAUGUUUUCACUGGAUUUGUAAACUGCAGCGGACGGGGGCGUCUUCAGCAGUUACAUUUUCACGAUGGUUGGACGGGACCUUUUAGGACAGACGGAUGAUUUUUACGAAGUGCAGUCUGAUUUUUGUUUUUUCGUUUUUUUCUCAAUGCAGGCAUGGCAAGGGCUACAUAUUGAGACACACACACGCAUACACAAACCAUACUCCCUUUAUGCCAGCCCUCUGCUAAUGUAUCACUAACACCAGGGCUCUGUCUGAAAGCUCAUACUGCAUACUGUUUAUCUUGGGCUGUUAAAAGUUGAAAUCCAGAGGCAGCAGGAAGUCAUAUUUACAGUAUGUAGCAGGAAAACAAUGUGUCUGCACUUUACAGUAGAUUACAUGUGUACUUCUACUGUGUGUUUUAAUUGGUGGUAUGCAUUAUAAGCAUGUGAGGACAGAUCCGUGGUCACAUUCUGCCAUUUGAUGUAGAAUGGUUGCAGUUUUCUUUCUAACCUCUUUUUUUUUGUGUGUCUCUCUGAUUCCACCGUGUAACUUAAAUGACAUGAAUAAAAUAAACUUUAGGGCUGUGUCAGACCUGA